UCCGACAUAUUGGCAAAAAUUCGCAAAACAGUGGACCUAACGAUACGUUUACAUUCACUGCACUUGCAACUUGUAUUUUCCUCCAGAUACGCGGAAGAUGUGAUUACUUGUUUUCGUUUCACGGUACUUUUUGUUGUAGCGGUAUGCUCAUUCCUCAUGACACUGUGCGCCGUCACAAUGGUCAUGAAUACACCGGUAAUCGUGAAAAUGAUGUUCGUGCUACUCAACGUGUGUUUCCUCAUGUAUCUCUAUAUGUAUACAUGGCCGGCUGAUAACAUGAAAGACAUGAGUUUGAGCCUCUCGAGAAGCGCGUACGAUUUAAAGUGGUACGAACAAACGCUGGGAAUGAAGAAGAACCUACUGUACGUGAUGAUGUAUCAGAAACCAGUGACUCUUUCUAUCAAAUGUAUAAUAAGCGAACUCUCUCUGCACUAUUACUGCACG